CAGUCCGUCUGUCAGAGAGGACGCGAGUGAAGGAACUAGGAACGAGAGAUAGAUUUGCCUGACGUACGUAGAGCUAAGAGCGAAGACGCGACGCAAUUCCAUGCCAAAAGUCAGGCUUGGAAGACGGAAAGAGUCCCUUUGUGUGUGGAGGAUUACGUAGUGGAGGCCAGCCAGACUGGUUCGUUGGACAUGAAACCAGGUCUGGGUGGAUCAUUGAUCACUCAACGUAUACAUUGAUCCUUUGAGGAUCAAUACGAAAUAUUGAUCCCACAAGUUAAACCCAAGAUCACCAGGUCCUUUGUCUCUUGAUCUCUUGAACUUCAGUCAUCAUGGCGGAAUCUCAGCCCGGUCCCUCUUCGUCUGGGAAUGCGGCCGUGCCACCGACGGCUUCUACGGCUUUGGUGAAAAGGCCCAAGCGUCGGCGCACCCGCAGUCACAACAGUUCGCCCUCGCCGGGUCGAGGCUUCUUCGUUCCUGGCUUUGGCGAGGACCAGGCCCAAUCCAUGUCCUUGUCGGACGUGAUGGACGCAGCCAAGGGCAUCACCAACAUGUAUCUGGCCCACGAGAUUGCCGUGGACAAGGAUUUCAUGAUUCAAGAUCUCAAAGGGGUCGAAAGUCCCCUCGAGAAGCAAGUCAAGGAGGUCAUUCACAAGGCCUUUUGGGAUGUGUUGCAAGCGCAAAUCAACCAAGAUCCCCCGGUGUAUGAGCAGGCCUUGGCUUUGCUCAAGGAAGUCAAGGCCGGGAUUCUGGGCCUUCUCGUGCCCCAGCAACGGCGAAUAAUCGAGAACAUCAACGGCAAGCUCGACAUGGAUCUGGUGACUCAGCAGGCUGAGAAUGGAGUGUUGGACUUCCAAGAUUACGCCAACUACGUCAUCAAUCUCAUGGCUCAAUUGUGCGCCCCCGUCCGAGAUGAGGAGAUUGCCCAAUUAAGAGAGACCCGAGAAGUGGUGCCCUUAUUCCAGGGCAUUCUCAAAACCCUGGACGUUAUGAAAGUGGAUAUGGCCAAUUUCCACAUCCAGCAAGCUCGGCCGUUCAUUAUGUCUCAAUCCGUUGAGUACGAGAAGGGCAAGUUCAAGGAGUUCGUAGCCAAACAGGACGAUGGCCUCAAGAUCACCCGUGAAUGGCUCCAAAGACACGCCCCGUCCGACGCCGAGGCUCAAGAUCCCAAGUAUCAGAAGCUUCUCAUGACCCGGAUCAUGACGGAAGCUUACCUGGAUUUGCUCCAAUGGGACGAGUACUACGUCCUGCCCGAGACCCUAGCCAUGGAUCAGAAGCGGAUCUUCGCCCUGCGGGAUCAAACCGAGAGAACGGCCGUGAGCACGGCCACCAUCCUCCUGACCUUCAGCAAUGUUAAUGCCUUCAUCAUCCCAGCGGAUGCGCAAAAGGUCAAGGAGAGCAUCAAAAAGCACGUGGACAUCCUCUUGGAGGACUUCUACGAUGAUACGGACCUCUUGAGAAUUCUACCCAAUGUGGGUCUGCAAGUGGUCAAAGAUGUGAAUGACUAUCUGUCCGACAAAGACAAACAGGCGUUGCCCGAAUCCACUGCGAAGACUCUCAGCGAGCAGAUCUGCGAGAUGGAGGAUCCCAAUCAUCGCAUUCGAGAUCUCGUCCAACGGAGGAUCAUCGAUUUCAACAAGCAGGCUCUCUCAGCCUCCAGAUCUGCGCCCCUGCAAGUGCCCCCGGGUUUGACCUUGUGUCAACGCGAAUUGGCGUCCAUUGCAGGCAACUUUGUCAGAUUGGUCAACUACAACCGAGCCGUGUUUGGCGAGUUCUACGCCGAGAUCAUCGAGAACCAUGUCCUCUUCACCGUGUCUGCGUCGCCGCCCGAGGGAUCGUCAGAGACCUAGGGACCUGAAGGGCUUCGAAAAGGACCGCCGGUCCUUCCUGAACCAUACCCGUAUGUUGUACAGUACGAUAUAACCAAUGAGAGUAGACUCACACUGUCCAGCACCACCCAUUUCUGACCUUCCCUGCAAGACUAACGUUGAUUAAGACACACUCUUCUUUCAGCCUGAUCAUUCAUCCUGUAGCUUUUCUAGUUGUUAUGUGAAGAAUAAAAUUCCUUCUGAAUCAGA